UUACGUCCGCAGAUGAGCUAUUUGGAGCAAGGGGAAGAAUGCGCUACAGACAUCUGUAAAGGAUGCAUUCUGGGUUUUGUACAAAUUUGUGAUCGCAAUCACCCAAAUGGAAGAAACAAAGGAGAGCUUCAAGAUUGCCGAUAGGCUGACGCUCGGUAUCACUCGGAUACUUGAGAACAUGCCUGGGGUGGUGGACGUGCGUUUCGCAGAAAGAGAGCCUGCAGAGAAGAGGAGUUUGCUGUCAUGGGAGCAGAAAAACACGUGUAUAUUACCAGAAGACCUGAGAGACUUCUAUCUGACAACUGAUGGCUUUACACUAACAUGGAGCGUUAAACUAGACAGUGAGUGUGUUCCCUUAGGAUGCAUGAUGAUUAAUAGUGUGGCCAGACUGUGCCCGCUGCUCCAGCCCGUGUCACUCUUCUCUCUGCCCAAUGCGCCAUCACUCGCUGACCUAGACUGGGAGGAGAGCGGCACAGAAAGUGGGUCGGCGCGUGUGCCCGUCGCACCUCAUUUCGACUCCCGGAGCCGCAUCUUCGAGCUGGAUUCCUGUGGUGGGAAUGGCAAAGUGUGCCUAGUCUACAAAAAUUGCACUCCAGGUGUGGUUGCUCAGAGGAGUGAAAUAUGGUUUCUAGACCGCUCUCUGCGCUGGCAUUUUCUGACCACAACCUUUACCUCUUACUACCGACUGAUGAUAACCCAUCUGGGUCUGCCUGAGUGGCAGUAUCACUUCACCCCAUAUGGCCCCAGCCCUCAGGCUAAGCAGUGGGCAUCCCUCUACCAGCCUCUGACUUUCAACUGUGAGCUCAGUUUGGCGGAUCCUGCUGGGGAUUUAUAUCUGAACAAGCUGGAUCCUUCCAAGGCUUUCAAAGGCAAAGCCAAGGUCCCAGCCCCCAAGAAGAAGCAGUUGACACAGUGCAACUCAGGGGGCGCAGCCAAGGGCCAAAGCAAUGCAGGAAGACAAAGUGGAGCAAAGCGGUGA